AUGCCUUGGUACAGAUGUGACGUCCUCCUCGCUCUCUACAUCUGUCCCCUCACCUACUUCAUGGUGUCUCCCUGUCCUCCUGGCUGCUGCUGUCCUCGCCCAGGAUUUCUUGUUCUGUGCGAGUCUCUGGGUCUGAGGUCGCUGCCCCGCUCUGUUCCUCUCAGCAUUUCGGUUCUGUCUGUGGCCAGGAACCAGCUCUGUAACGUGGACCACUUGCUCGGGCCCUUCUCCGGCCUGCAGGAGCUCAGCCUCAGUCACAACCUGCUGCCCCGCUUCCCCCGCGGGCUGCCUCCCAGCCUGGAGUCCCUGCUGCUGCAGGAGAACCGCAUCACCUACAUCACCUCAGGCUCACUGAGGCAGCUGAGAAACCUCACUCGCCUAGACCUGGAGGACAACCGCAUCUCUGUGAUCCAGCCCGGAGCGCUGCUGGGUCUUAGGAAGCUGCAGAUCCUCACGCUGAAGGGGAACAAGCUGUCCAGCCUCCCUCUGAAUCUCCCUCCAUCGCUGACACAUUUAGACCUGUCAGCAAACUGCAUCUCCUCCCUGGACCUGCCCUCGCUCUCCGCUCUGGUCAACCUGCUGGUCUUGCAGAUCAACAGCAACUGCCUGCGAACAGUCCCAGAGAAGGCCUUCGACAGCCUGCCUCGCCUCAGGACCGUGGAUCUGACCAACAACCUGUGGGUGUGCGAGUGCAACAUCCUGUAUCUUUACCGCUGGUUGCUGAGCGGCAGACUGAAGAUGGCUACAGACCUGGUGUGCAAAGAGCCUCUCCAUCUGGCACACCGUCUGCUGCUGAACCUCUCGGUCGUGUCCAUCUGUCCACACGUCCUGCAGCCACAGGAAACGCUGCACCGACUCGAUCUGAACUCAGCAGUGACAGAGAAGCAGACGCGAGUCUCCUACGACAACAGGGACGGUUUGAAGCUUUCAGAGCGAUCCACAGCUUCUUCUAAAGCACGGAGCAGUCAGGAUCCUUCAGAGCCUCGUGUUUUACACUACUCGUUAGAAACUCUCACCUAUGAAGAGUGUUUAUCCCUAAAUAAAACCCAAUCGGUCAGCUCGACCCAUCUGAAACCAACCUCUCUCCCCGAGGAGGAGCAGAGGUGCAGAAACACCACAGCUCAGACCACCUCAGCUGCAGGAACACAACCGUGGCUGUCCACCCAGAGAGACGAGCUCUUCACUCACCCACAGGUCUUCACCCAGAAGGACUCUGCAGUGAUCAUCUCUCUGCUCGCCGUUUUGUGCAUUCUUUUAGCUCUCGUAAUGCUAGCAGUGCUAAUCCUGCUGAAAAAAGUACUCGUCCGCCAGCAAAGGGUGGCUCCAGCUAACGGGAGAUCUGGUGGAUGA